AUGGCAGACAUUUACGCAAGAGACCAUGCGACGUCUCACGACCAGACAGUGUCCCCAACGGAGACUCUCUCUUCGGAGGACCUAGAUCUAACUCGCACAACCACCAAUCCAGAAUACGGCGAUCUCGAGAAUGUCAGAACAUCACCAGAUAUGGAGAAAGAGAGACCGAGCCGGCCAACAAGGAGUUCCUCACGCGCCACAGGUCGCGACUUGCAACUCAAUCGAACAAUGAGCCGGCGCGAGACAGUCUUGUCGAGGAUACGCACGCGGCCUCCCAUCGGGGACUUCAGUCAUCCUCUGGCACAUCAGAAAACGACUGUCGAUGACCUCGUCGACUUUGACGGCCCGGACGAUCCGUAUAGACCGCUGAAUUGGACUAUGAAGAAGAAAGUCUUGACGACGGCGCUUUAUGGCUUCACCACCAUGACGGCCACCUGGGCGAGUUCCGCGUAUAGUCCGGGGACGAGACAGGUAGCGGAGGAGUUCCACGUCGGUAUGCAGACGGCUACGUUGGGAACGACGUUGUUUCUAUUUGCGUUUGGGAUAGGACCGCUCCUUUGGGCGCCACUGUCCGAAGUCUACGGGCGCAAGAACGCCGUGCUGCCGCCAAUGUUUAUUGCGGCGUGUUUUUCAUUUGCGACUGGUGCGGCGAAGGAUCUCCAGACUGUCAUGAUUACACGCUUCUUCGCUGGGUUCUUUGCGUCCGCACCGGUCACGAACACUGGUGGUGUACUAGGUGAUUUGUUCCCAUCGUCACAGAGAGGUAUAGCUAUUGCAUCGUAUGCCAUGGCUGUGGUAAUUGGGCCGGUCUUUGGGCCAAUCGUGGGCGCCGCGCUGGUCGUGCAGCCCAACCUCCGCUGGAGAUGGACCGAGUAUCUCACUGGGAUCAUCCAGUUGUUCGUCCUGGUGCUGGACAUCAUUUUUCUCGAUGAGUCCUAUCCGCCGCGUCUCUUGGUGUACAAGGCUCGUCGGUUGCGCCAUCAGAGUGGAAACUGGGCACUUCAUGCCAAAUUCGAGGAAUGGGAUGUCUCGAUUGGCGAGUUGGCUCGCAAGUUCUUGGUCCGACCCUUUCAACUCUUAGCGACACCAAUAUGCGCGCUUGUGGCGUUAUAUGCGAGUUUUUGUUAUGGUAUUUUGUACAUGCAGCUUGGUGCCAUUCCUCUUAUUUUCGAAGGUCAUCGUCACUGGAAACCUUUUCCAUCAGAAUUGCCUUUCCUAGGUAUUCUGGUUGGAGCGGUCAGUGGUGCGGGCAUCAACGUGUACAACCAGCUUGUUUAUAACCGCAAGGCUGGGGGCAAGGUAGCGCCUGAACUGCGCCUGCCUCCUAUGAUGUUCGGUUCGUUUCUUUUCAGUGCUGGCUUAUUCGUUACAGGAUGGACAGCGGACCCGAAAUUUCCUUGGAUCGCACCUGUGAUCGGCUUGACCAUGAGCGGUCUCGGGUUUUUCACUAUCUUUCAAGCAGCGCUCAAUUACCUUGUCGACACGUUUCAGCGGUAUGCUGCGAGUGCUAUCGCCGCUAAUACAUUUUUGCGGUCCUGUUUUGCUGGAGCGUUUCCUCUUAUCGUUACUCCCUUGUACAACAAUGUCGGCAUUCCUUGGGGCACGAGUAUCUUCGGAUUCUUUGCGGUUGCAUUGAUUCCUGUGCCCUUUUUCUUUUUUACGUAUGGUGAGCGGAUCAGGAUGCAGAGCAAAUGGAGCAGAUUCUAG